UGACAUCCGCAGAGAGAGCACAGUCAGACAUGGAUCAACUCAAAGUCAAAGAUCGGAUCCUCGAAAACAUCUCUCUCUCCGUCAAGAAGUUGCAGAGUUACUUUGCCGCCUGUGAGGAUGAGACGCCAGCCAUCAGGAAUCACGACCGGGUUCUUCAGCGGCUGUGUGAACACCUGGAUCAUGCUCUGCUUUAUGGGCUGCAGGACAUCUCAUCGGGUUACUGGGUACUCGUAUUACACUUCACACGACGAGAGGCCGUCCGACAGAUUGAUGAGCUUCAGCACAUAGCUACCAAUCUUGGCAGAAGUCGUGCCUGGCUCUACUUGGCACUUAGUGAAAGUUCUUUAGAAAGCUACCUCCGACUUUUUCAAGAGAAUCAAGGACUGCUCCAGAAAUACUAUUACAAAAAUGCACUGGUUUGCAGUCAUGACCAUCUCACUCUGUUUCUUACGCUUGUCUCUGGCCUGGAGUUCAUUCGCUUUGACCUCGAAUUGGAUGUGCCAUAUCUGGAUGUUGCUCCUUACAUGCCAGAAUACUACAAACCCCAUAAUCUGUUGGAUUUUGAGGAGAGGUUGCCAAGCUCUGAUAGCCUGUCUCUGCACUCUUUCACAUCCCUCACCUCCACUAACCUUGAGUGGGACGACAGCGCUAUUGCCCCAUCCAGUGAAGAUUAUGAUUUUGGUGACAUCUUCCCUGCGUUGCAGUCAUUGACAAGUGCAGACUGGGAAGAGGGAGACAUGACCGAUCCAGUCAGUGGGCCCCGCUCCUCAGGAUCAGACCCUCAGACUGUUGUCAGUGACUGUGUUGUGGUGAGGGCCUCUGCAGGAACCAUCAGGACCACAUCUCUGUCACGAAGCCCUACGUUUCGGCACAAUCCCUUCAAUGAGGACUCAGACACUAACACUUCAGCUGACGUCACCCCAGUGCACAUGGCUAGCCGUCAUGCUUCAACAACAGGAGAGGAUGCUGAGAUCUCCAACACUGAGCUGGAAGUCAUUAGAAUGGCAAGGCGCAGACGGCCUGGUAAGAAACGACGGGGAAGAGGGUCGACAGACUCUGUGAGCAGCGAACAGAAUGUCAUCUCUCCAGACACGGCUGACACUGAGGAAUGCCUUCAGAUUGUAGUUGAGAGAGACAUUGUAGUCAAUAACAUUAAUAUGGACAGUCGGGGUCCUCUGGAGGGGCCAAAUGGUCUUGGCUCAGAGUCUGCGAGGAAUGGGAGACCAGAUGGAGAAGAUGAAGACCCGGAGGCAGGGCUGAGGCUUCCUGAAAUGACGGACACUUCUAUGGACAGUGUGGGCGAACCCCUGCGUGACGUCAUGGACAGACUGAACGGUUCUCUGGAUGGGGAGCACUGGCAGCGGAGUGAAGGUGAGGAGGGAGAGGAUGGAACUUGCACUAGUCACGAUGGACCCCCCCAUCAGCGGCCCUUUCGAGAGGACUCGGGCGGUGAACCUCCGGACCCAAGUCGUAGCUUCCUGCAGGCCCCCCUGCCACCUGUGGACUUCUACUGCUUUACCUCCCAGAGUCCAGACCCUGCUUCCUCGUGUGGUGGGCACAAUGACUCUGCAGGGAAUGGCGAGUCGCAGGAUGUUCCUGUUGGCGAUGAAGAUGAGGGAGAAGCAGAGACACCAGCUGCAGGGCAGGAUCCCUCCAUCCCCGUAGAGACGUCAGCUGAGGAGGAACGGAGUAAAGAAGAAGAAAAGCAGCAGGAGGAGGAUAAAGACCACACAGUACAGAACUCCCAUGCUGCAGAGUUUAAGGUGGAUAACAAUCACCUUCUGCUGCUCAUGAUUCAUGUUUUCAGGGAGAAUGAAGAACAGCUCUUUAAGAUGGUGAGAAUGAGCACAGGCCACAUGGAAGGAGAUUUGCAGCCUCUGUAUCUGCUGGUGACGGACUGCUACAUUUACCUCUUGCGAAAAGGGGCAGCGGAGAAGCCUUAUAGUGUUGAGGAGGUGGUAUCUUAUAACGAGCUGGACUACAUCUCUGUUGGACUUCUCCAGCAGACUAUCACUCUGGUGUGCACUAACAGAAGAAGGCAGUUCCUUUUGGACACAGCUGACUCAUCUCUGACUGUAUGGUUUCUGACUGUGCUGAAGGCGGCCUUGGAAAAUGGCUGUAGGGAGCCUCCCUACCCCUCUGUUCUCACUGACGCCACCAUGGAGAAAUUGGCUCUUUCUAAGUUUGUAUGCCAAGAGACUCACUGUGAGUUAUCCGAGAUGAGCAUCCGCCUGUAUUCUCUGGUUCACUGGGAGGACCCAAUGGAUGUAGCGGUGGCUUCACCAACAUCUCCGUCCAGCUCCAGAGAAUCUAGUAGCACUAAAGAGGGAGCACUGUUGUACCGUGCUGGGAGCACUUAUUUGGGGAAGGAAGUGUGGAAAAGCUGUUACUUGGUUCUCAGCAACGGCAUCCUGUAUCAGUAUGCAGAGAGAACAGAUGUUACACCUUUGAUGUCUGUUACCAUGGGGGGAGGGCACUGUGGAGGCUGUAGGCGUUCAAACAGCUCAGAGAAGCCUCAUGCUUUUCAAGUGAUUCUGACAGAGCAUCCUCCAUUAGAGCUCAGUGCAGAAAACGAACUGGAAAUGGCCGACUGGAUGCAGCUGCUCUGCCAGUCGGUUUCUAAAGGGAUUAUUCCACAGGGAGUAGCUCCUGCACCCUGUAUUCCGUGUUGCCUUGUACUCACAGACAGGAAGUUGCUCACAUGUCACCAGGAUUGCCAGACCAGUUUUUUCCGUUCUCUAGGAGGAGCUGAUCUAAACGAUGUCACAGCUGUUUGCCUGGAAGAUGAUAAAGAAUACUGUGUCAUUGAAUUUGCGGAAGAUCGUGCUCAGUUUCUUCCACCCUGGGUUUUGUAUUUUAGCGGAUGUGAAGAGCGGGAUCGGCUACUAGCAGAACUGAGUCAAGCUUGGGCUGCUGUUUACCAGGUAAGCCUGUCUCGUAAGCCAGUGUCAGACCCGCCGAUGCAGAAGAGAUGUAGGGAAGCGCUGGAGCUGAUGAAGAGUGCAUGGCAGAGGAGUGACAGCCUACACAGAGGUCGAUCAGAGAGAGAACCGUGGUGCUGACGGCCCAGGAUUAAACAAGACAGCAUGGGGGAGUCAGCUCACCAGCGAACCUACCGUUUACAUAGGUACAAGCAGACUCUGUGAGCUCUCCAGACCAGAGACGAUAUUGAACAACAUGGGCUCAUAUGAUAUUUAUCUACCGGUAAUGAGGCCUGACUUUGUUUACACUUGCCUUGCACAGAUAUUUAAGGAGUUACAAUUAAGGCUUUAGCUUUUACAAGUGGAGGUCUGCAGCAGGAAAUCAAAAAGACAGAGAUCUAGGAGUUCUCUUGCAUUACAUGUGAUCAGACUAUAUAGAGUGUAAAUACAUAGUAAUAACUCAAAAGGUUUUUUUUUUGUUUUUUUUAAACCUUCCCUCCUUGUACAAAGUUUAUGGACAGAUACUGUACAUGCUUAUACUAUAUAAAGAGGUACAGACUGCUUUGUGAGCACUUGCGAAAGAUAAUUUUAGUUAUGUUUACACCAUUGGUAUUAGCUGGCUGCUUUAAGUUAACUAUUUGAAAGUAAUGGUUUGCAUGGCAGCUUGGCACAGACAUUCAAAACACACAGAGAGAGAAAAGGGGAAUUGGACCAGGCUUAAUUUAGACAUCUAAUAUCAGUCAGCACUGCUAACAGUGAUGGUACGGUACCAGCAUGUAAUCGCUGUUGUUAUAUUGGACUGAGGUCAUUUGUUUGGAUCAGAUGGCAUUGAGAUACUGUAAUAGGGUCAUACAAUUCUAAAAUAUCAUUAGUUGAAGAUAUUAAGGCUCUUGCAACUAAAAUGACAGUUUAGAAGUGAAGGAGUUGAUUACAGCAGAAUUGCACAAGGUUCAGAAUUGCACAUUCAUUGGUUUUGUUUUUAUUUUUUUUACUUUUGUUAAAAGAUAAGUUGUGGGUUUUUAUUUUUUUUUUUACUGGCAUUAAAAUGAUUUCCGAUCAUGCAUAAGCAUUCACAACUUUUUCGAUUUCUUUUUGCGAUUUGAAUGCAGUCAAUCAGGCAUUCGUUUAAGGUCAAACUCUUCAAAAGGUGUUAUCAGUUUUUUUUUUUUUUUUUUAAACACUGAUCAACUAUGUUUUAGCCUUUAUAUCGAAUCCAUUGAAAUGUUCCUCACUCAGUGGUAUAAUAUACCAUUUCCAGUGAAACACUGUAAAGUUGUUUUAAGAAUGUAGAGUGGUUUUAAAGAAAGCAGACUUGAAUAAUGUGGAUCUGUGACAGACUGUUAUAAAUGGAAGCAGAAUCUCAGGUAUGUUGAAGUUUGUUUCAGUCCACAGUGAUUUUAAAUAAUACAUUGCUGGACAAUGAUGGAAUACAGUUGUUCAUUAACAAUUGAAAUGUGGUUUUAUGUGUUUUUGUUGUGUUUUUAUUUACAUUUUUGUUUUAAAUGGAGUGACCUACAGUAGUCAAUUAUGUUGUUCUAACACUCUAAUGUCUCAGAUACACUAAAUGCUGCAUGUACAUUUUGGAAUAUGUCAUAACAUGAUAACAAAUAUAAAUAAAAAUAACUUUUUUUUUUAAAUGGUGAAAAAGUUUGAAUAAUUUCCUAAUAUUUGCAUUUGUAAUGACAUUGACAUUAA